AUGAAGUUAAAAUUGAUAGUAAAUGGUUGCGAAGCGCCAGACGAUUACAAAUUACUAAGAACUACCAUCAAUACAGUAGCUUCGCUAAGAAAAACCGCUAUUUUAAGAUUUAAUAGCGAAAGAUUAACAAUAAUAUCCACUCCAAAAUCGUCAUUGAACAGUAGUAGCAACGGCACAAUUUUACGAGGGGAUACUGGUCAACUCUGGUGUACCAUCCCUCAGGAUGUAUUCAGACUAUAUACAGUUAUAUCAGCUCGUGAACUCAAUACAGUAACUAUGGAGUGUAAUUGUGAAUCUUUAUUGAGUGUGUUCAAAAGAUACGAUCGUGUAAUGAAUCAAGGGUCUUCUUCCAAUAUGACAAUAAAACUUCAGUCAAUGCCAGAAUGGAAUACGAAUAACGGAACACUUUCAGGAGGCACUGCAGGGGGUGUAGAUACGACGUCAAAACCGAACCCUAUUUGUGCAUUAGGUAUUACGUUCGAAGAAAUUGUGCAUACCAGCGGCCCAAACGAUGCUAUAGUUAUGAAUGGAGAAACUGAUGAACACAACGGUUUGCCAUCGACAGUAGGUGCAGGAAAUCUGCUUACAAGUAACAAGGUUAUAAUGCAUUCAUUCAAAGUACCAGUCAAGUUAUUGUUCCGUGCCCAGGACACUCGAAUACAAGAGCCUAUGAUUAAUUAUAUCCAAUUGAUGAUGUACAAACUGCCGCCAAUAUCAAGCGAGUUUGGCUCUGCUUUUCACGGGUUCAUUAGGCGUGUUGAACGCUACAGUAAUGUCAACCACAUUCAUUUAAUGGGAGUUAAAAAAAAGGAGUACGGAAAUGAAGGAAAUGACGUAGAGCUCAAGAUAAUUGUGAAUGAAUUGGAUUGGCAUUUGGAAAUAUGUUGGAAUGGGCCCUUAGAUUCUGUGAUACAACAGCCAGAUAGUGCUUCCGAUAAUCCCUCUCAGAAUCACAACAUUGACCCAAAUUACCAACAGGAUGAAGGAUCGCUUCCCAUCAUUGACACAGACAAACCGAUGUCGUCACUAUACACAAAUACUAAAGAGAAGGAGGUGCAAGAGAAUGCACGGUACGAUGAAGAUUUGUUAAGAAUUGAAGAUAGUUCUGUCGCUGAUACCCGAAACAAUUACACAACUGACACUAGCGAUGAUACCGGAUUCAAUGACGUAUCCGUUAUGGUGGAAAAAGCGGAACAGGAAAGCUCAUCCACUCAUGAAGUAAUAAUUCGUUGUAAAGACUGGAAGGUCUGUUCGAAAUUAUAUGCAGCAUUUGAAGAAGUUGUGCUGGCGAUUUCCCACGACGAAUCCUGCGUAUUCCACUGUUCGUUAGAUCGUGGUAGUUUGGAAGAUAGCGAAGACGUGGAGAAACCGAGGGAGAGGGGGCAAAUUAUUUACUAUAUAGCAAGAUCGAAGGGCUUGUAG